UGUACCAAAAAUUUUAACCAAGAAAAAAAAAAUUUCAUAUUUUCUCAUACAAAGUUUAGAAAUAUUUCAUUGGGAAUUUAUUUCUUCAAUGGCUUCCAAUCUUCAUAUUUGCAAAAAUAACCAAAAAGGUCAAAAAAUUGUUGUAGUAAUAGUCCCUUUUCUAGCACAAGGUCAUCUUAAUCAACUUCUACAACUCUCUUGCCUUAUAGCAUCUUAUAACAACAUAAAAGUUCAUUAUGUUAGUACAAAAACACAUAAUCUUCAAGCAAAAGUUAGAGUUGUAAAUAGUUUUGACUCUUUCUCCAAAAUUCAUUUCCAUGAAUUUCCUAUUCCUAAUUUCAUCUCACCAAAUCCAAAUCCAAAUUCGCGGAUGAAAUUUCCAUCUCAUCUUCAAUCUUCGUUUGAAUCAUCGUCCUAUCUGAGGAAUCCUGUGAAAAGGUUAAUCCAAACUCUUUCAUCCAAGUAUCAGAGAGUCGUUAUCAUAAACGACUCUCUGAUGGGAUCAGUUGUUCAAGAUUAUGUGUCAGUACCAAAUGCUGAGGCAUACACUUUCCAUAGUGUGUCAGCUUUUGCUCUGCUCCUGUUUAUAUGGGAGCGGAAAAAGAGACCGUUUCUUAUAGACUCUGAAAUACUGAUUGACCUUCCUUCCCUCAAAGAUUGUUUUAGUCCAGAAUUCGAGAAUCUUAUGAGAAAAGAAUAUGAAUGCAUGAACUUUAACUCGGGAAAGAUUUAUAACACUUGUAAAGUGAUAGAAAGUCCUUUUCUUGAUUUGUUGUCGAAAGAAGUAACCAAUAACAACGAAAAACAAUGGGCCCUCGGCCCGUUUAACCCGGUCACAUUUCCCAAGAACGGCCCCUAUACCAAAAGCCACACGUGUUUGUUAUGGCUCGACAAACAAGAACAAAACUCGGUGAUAUUAGUAUCAUUUGGUACCACAACUUCAUUUUCUGAUGAACAGAUAAAGGAAAUGGCAAUUGGACUAGAGCAGAGCGAACAAAAGUUCAUUUGGGUGUUGAGAGAUGCGGAUAAAGGGAAUGUUUUUACUAAAGACUCAACAAGAAAGAUUGAAUUGCCAAAGGGGUUUGAGGAGAGAGUUAAAGAAAGGGGGAUUUUGGUAAGAGAUUGGGCACCUCAAUUGGAGAUCUUGUCGCAUUGUUCGACUGGUGGAUUCUUGAGUCACUGUGGGUGGAAUUCAUGCAUGGAAAGUGUCUCGAUGGGCGUGCCAAUAGCUGCAUGGCCAAUGCAUUCUGAUCAACCAAGAAAUACUGUAUUAAUUACCAAGAUUCUUAAAAUUGGAAUUGUUGUUAGAGAUUGGGCUGAUAGGAAUGAAUUGGUAAAAUCAAAUGUGGUGAAAAAUUGUGUGGAAAAAUUAAUGGCAUCAAAAGAAGGAGAUGAAAUGAGGAACAAAGCAAAAAUUUUGAGUGUAGAAAUUAGAAAAUCAGUGGCAGAGGGUGGAAUUAAACGUAUAGAAUUGGAUUCAUUCAUAUCUCAUAUAACAAGAUAACAAGUUCUGGCGAUACUAUUCAGAAUUUCUAAAAAUAUUAUCGCACAGAUAAAUUUUUAAAGAAUUUAAGUGACAUGGAGUAUCGAAUAAAAUCAAGAAAUAUUCAAGCAUGAUGUAAUUGAAGUCAAUGAAUCAAAAUUCCAUUUAGAUUUAACUUUUAUAUGUUGAGAGUAUUAAAAAAAAGUAUAAUUAUUGCUUAAUAUAUUUUCAGAUAACUACUUUCCUUUAUUAUGAAUAGUAACAUAUUGUUAUUUUUCGUAUA